GGAGAUCAGAAUACAGCAACUGGUAAAAAGUUUCAACUGGCAGAGCCCUUGGUAAUGUCCUGAGGAUGAACGGGUGUUUUCCAGUCACUGGCUUGAGAUGCCUAUCUAGGGUGUGCUGUACUUUCCUGCGGGAUGGUCCCACCCUCCCCAGCCCCAAUUCUGCUGUCCGGCUGCUUCGAACUCUGGCAGAAACCCCGCCUGCUGACACCCCCCUUCUGGGGAACUGGUGGUGGCUGUGCCAGCGCCGCUGGCCCGGGCGGCUCUCUAACCAUCCUCUCCCCGGCGGGCUCCUGCCGCGCCCCUUCUCGCUUGCUCCCUCCUCCCAGGACGGCCCAAGGAUGGCGGAGCCAGGGGCGCCGCGCUUCCUGCUAACCUUCGAUUUUGAUGAGACCAUAGUUAACGAGAACAGCGAUGACUCCAUCGUGCGCGCCGCCCCCGGCCAGAAGCUGCCAGACAGCCUGCGGGCCACGUUCCGCGAAGGCUUCUACAACGAGUACAUGCAGCGGGUCUUCCAGUACUUGGGCGAUCAAGGCGUGAAGCCGCAAGACUUCCGCGAAGUCUACGAGGACAUCCCGCUGUGUCCCGGCAUGACCGACCUCUUCCAGUUCCUGACCAAACAGGGCAGCUGCUUUGAGAUCAUCCUCAUCUCAGACGCCAACACUUUCGGCGUGGAGAGCUCCCUGCGCGCCUCGGGCUACCGCGGCCUCUUCCGCAGAAUCUUUAGCAACCCGUCGGGCCCAGAUGAGCGGGGCAUUUUGGUGCUGCAGCCCUUCCACAAGCACUCGUGCACUCGCUGCCCGGCCAACAUGUGCAAACACAAGGUGCUCGGCGACUACCUGCGCGAGAGGGCGCAGGACGGCGUGCACUUCGAGCACCUCUUCUACGUGGGCGACGGCGCCAACGACUUUUGCCCCAUGGGGCUGCUGGCGGCGGGCGACGUGGCCUUCCCGCGCCGGGGCUACCCCAUGCACCGGCUCAUCCAGGAAGCCUCCUCAUUCCGAGCCACCGUGGUGCCCUGGGAGUCGGCAGCCGAAGUCCGGCGCUACUUGCAGGAGAUGUUGAAGAAAUGCUAAGAGCCCUGGAGGGGACGGAGCGGGCGUCUGGCCGGCUGGGGGAGGCUCAGCUCAAAAGGGCUGCCUGGCCUCUCCCGACCCCACCCGCUUUGUCUUUGCCUCCGAUUGGGGACCCAGGAAAGCGAAAUCGUGUUUUAACUACCAACACAAGAACUUUCUCCCCCGACCCCCGAAUUCGCUUUGGUUUAUCCCUCCCUCCCUUGGACCCAGUCCUCUCCAACUGCACUGCAAGAAUCCUGGGCUCCAUCCGUUUGGGAGAGGGAGCAGAAAUAUACAACACAUGCAUAUAUACACACACAACGUGUGUAUGUAUGCGCCAUAUAUGUAUAUCUACAUAUUUCAUAUAUGAAUGAGGGGGCAGUAACCAUCUAUGCAGUUAGCCCAGUCGGGCUGUCCAGAGUCGGGUCCUGACAGUCCGGCAGUGCACACCUGUUAGAGGGGAGCCAGGCAGUCCUACCCUUUUCCCAAGAUAAAGGCCUAUACCAUCCUAA